AUUUACAUUAUCACAAAAGUAUUGGAUUUCGUUUAAUCUAACAUCAUUUUCUAUUAUUUGAGAUACUUUUAAAUACAUGACAUUGCUCUAUUACCAGCUGGAUGCUGCAGAGUUAGACAGUGAGAUUGUCUCCCUUACAAAGGCCCAGCUAACCAGGCUGUUCAAGUACCAACAGAACAACUUCCUAGCCACAUUGGCACCAGAGAUUGAUGCUGGGAUCAAACUGCUGUUAUGGAAGUUUUCAAUAAGAGCAGCAGAGUCGACAUUUGGCCAGGCCAUGUUGAACCUGAAGUACCACAAUGAGCAUGCCCAGGCAUCGACCAAUCAGUGGAUCUCUAGCAGACAGCAGGUGCUCUAUGCCUGCCUCCUCAUUGGCUGCCCAUGGCUUAAAGAUAGGUCACAUGACCUCAUAAAGCUUCUCCGAUUGGACAGUUGGAAAGAUAGGAUUGACCGCAUGGUUAGCUGGCUGGAGACUGGGUUCCGAGUCGCCACACUGGUCAACUUUCUCACCUUCCUUCGCAAUGGUGCAUACCAGUCUGUCCUGGAGAGACUGCUGGGGGUUCGCUCUGUAUUUCCCGAGAAACAGGGCAUGCGUCAGGUUACCUUUGAGUACAUGACCAGAGAAUUACUUUGGCAUGGCUUUUCUGAAUUACUGUUCUUUGUGCUACCACUGAUCAACUUUCAAAGAAUCAAAAACUAUGUCAUGAGAAAACUGUUGUCUGUUCCAAGAUCAAAGGCAUCCCAUAAUGCUCAGCGUGACCUCACUUCCUGUGCUGUGUGCGAAAAUUGGCCAAUCAGAGCUCAGGAAAUUGGCUGCCAACAUGUCUUCUGCUAUUUCUGUCUACAGAGCAACUUCAAAGCAGACCCAGGUUUCUCAUGUCCACUAUGUGGCUAUGGGGUAGGGGACAUCUCCGAUAUACGCACAGUACAAGUCUCACAAAUACAGGGGGACGAGGAGGAUGAAGUUGGAUGAUGAUGACCUACCUAAUUAAUUGGACCAUGGCAUCUAUUGAUCAUUCUGUAAUGCAAUAAAACCAAGAGUCAGGACAUGACCAGGUCUGGUGAAAAUUCACCACUGCAGUAUUUUCAAAAUGUUUUUUAGACACUGCAAUUAAUGGACUUAAAUGAAAGCCGGACCUGCACGAUUUCCAACAAAUAGUUGCCUGUUUGUAUGAUGCAUGUUGCUGUCCCCAGGUUGUCAAGACUGUUGAAUAAAUGUUAAAACAA